AUGAAGUUCACUACUGUCUUCACUAUUGUUUCUAUGAUCGCGGUCGGUAUCGCCCAGGCGGCGCCGACAGAGCGUGCCCACGAGACCAAGGCCCGCGUCCAGGCCGAGAACGGCCUGGAGAAGCGUGGCCAUGGUAAGAUGACCUGGUACGGUGGUGGUAUGCUUAGUGCCCCUGCCUGCGGUGGCUCCGCCCCGAAGGACGACGAUCUCGUGGUCGCCGUGGCUCACAACGGUGGCUACGGUUCGUGCAACCAGAAGGUGCGCUUGCACUACCAGGGCAAGUCGGUCGAGGCGACCGUCCGUGACUACUGUGAGGGCUGCAGCUUUGGCCACUUUGACGCCACGAAGGGUCUCUUCAAGCACUUUGCUGACCUCGACAAGGGCGUUCUGACGGGCCUUAACUACGAGCUCCUCUAA